AUGCCAGUCCUCGGUGGAGGUAUUGAAGAGAGUGUGGAGAGUGCUGAUGCCGAGGGAAGCAUCAGCGUCUGUUCGUUCGACGUGGUUUCAAGUGCAGUGCGGGACGAAUACAAGGGUCACUCCAAGAUGAUGAAGUUGAACCCUGGUGGGAGACAGGGGUGGUGGUCGGCCAAGAAGUUUGACCGACGAAUAAGAAUGAGAGCUCUGGUGCAGGGAGCCUCGAACGAACAUCGUACAAGAACCCUGCUCGACACAGGAGCGAACGUUAGUGUCAUCACCGACACGUUUGCCAAGAGAUUGCGACUUCGUGACAUUCCAGAUCACGGACGUAGCAUCGACAUUCAAGGCAUCAGUGAAGACAAAGUGUCAACGACGCGAGGAGCGCUCGUUGCAGGCGUUGAUGUAGUGCUAGGAACAGACUUCAUGGUACCGGCCGGCAUUCGGUUGGACUUGUUCCAUGGAGCUGCACAACUGCCAAAUGAAGUCCGCAUCCCGCUGAUCAAGACGAAGAACAUGGUGGAUAGUAUGAAGUACAGUGCCCACUCUCGCGAGUAUCGACUAGCGAAACAAGCUGUGAAACUGGAGCAGCACGUACUGUGGGUUCGACGUACAGAGAAGGUUAUCCCGUCCGUGACAAGGUUUCGCCCGUUCGAUAGACUGGCCAUGGUGAUUUCUGUCAAAGAUUUGCCGCGAGGCGAGGGCUACGUGCGUUUGGACUCCAAGAAGUACAAAAAUUGGCAAGUGAUUGUCUACGAGAACUGUCGCGACCGACAGUUGUUCAAACGGGAGUGUGAACUCUACGAACAAUGGCUGGCUACCCAACCUCCAUCGAUUGAGAGACGAACGUAUCCGACACCUAUCGGAGUCAUGAAGAGGUCGCCUGAAGACGCGUUGGACGUAUCGGCUGUUUGUCUGACAUGUGCCGAGCGUUGGGAGAAGAUUUUGGAGCAACGAGAGUGCGAUGAAGGUUGUCUAGACUCAGGGGUGACAGACGAAGACGUGUUCGACGUCCGACUCUCCGGAGACUCGUCGGAUGGCGGUUCAGCAAGCAAUAAUGACGGUAGCGAAGCCGACGAGGAGUCGGUUAGACACCCACAGGGACUGCAAGGUGUAACGAAGAUGAUGACCACAUCAACGUGGGUCCAGUCCGUGCUUGGAGCGAGAGGUGAUGAAUCAAGUGCAUUGAUUGGUGAGACUAAGACGGUCUCGGGUGCCAAGCGUCGAGACAGUGACUCAUCAGCCUCAUACACUGCGACUAGCGAGAAAGAAGCCACGACAGCCGGUCGGCAAGAAGUGCAGGGCUCGCAGAAGGAAAUGCAUACAAGGGCGAGUGUUCGCGUGGAGUCUCAAGUCGAGGACAUGUCGGCGGAGGACGCGAUGACCGAGCUGGACAAGACCUACAUGUCGGUAGCCCGAGUGUUGACGACCGAAGGGAAUGAGGUUGCUGGCGAUCCAGGGGUGGACCAUUACGAACACCCAGCUAACAAAAUCGGCUUGGAAGACUAUACAAAGGAAUUCGCGUUCCUCCCCGACUUCACGGAAGAUUCAAACACGACCAUCGACUAUGGAACACCGAAUGUCAAGAACUCAUGUCUGACGACUGAUCAGCAAGAACGACUGGCCACUACGCUGAAGAAGAAUGAGCGAAUCCUCAUUGCCAGCGGCAAAGCGUUAACGCCACCGCGUACGGCGUAG